ACGAACCAUCUAAUCCUUGUCUUUUAACUUGCAGCUUUGUGUUGUUCUUGGAAAGUUUCGCACCACUUGUGAAUUCCCUGAACCUUGGCCUUGCCGGCCCCCUUGUGUUGGGCCCUCCUCCCUUUCAGCUUGCCCAAAUUAAGACCCACUUGGCUCUGCAGUCGUGGUCCUCGGUGUCCGGCGGCGGCGCGGCCCCUGCCCACGCUGGGUUCCGCCAGGCAUUGCCCAAAGACGCAAUGUUUAGCCCCAGAGGAACCUUGCCCCCCAGGCCCAGGGGACCCAACCCCUCGGGCAGCAAGCCUCCGGGAUCCUUCGGGGGAGGAGGGGCGGCGGGGCCGCAGAGGAAACCGGCGCCGAGAGCCCCCCAGGCAGCGCCCCAGAGACCCCCGGGCCAGGACUCGCCGCAGUGGACGGGCUCCCAGAGGAUCAACGUGCGGGUCACGCUGCACAGGGCGGAUCCCAGGAAGGUCAAGGAGAAGAACAGCCUGCACCAGGAGCAGAAGGGAGACCCUCGCCCCAACCGCUGGGACAGCGGCCCGUGCCCGGCCAGGACGGCCGCGCCAAAGCCGCCCGCGCCGGUGCCGGUGCUGGAGCAGAACUCGAGCGCCCAGAGCCGCUACACGCCCGAGAGCGCCUCCAGCAUUUUAGCGAGCUUCGGGCUGUCCAACGAGGACCUGGAGGAGCUCAGCCGCUACCCCGACGACCAGCUGACCCCGGAGAACAUGCCGCGGAUCCUGCGCGAGAUCCGCAUCCGCAAGAUGGGCCAGCCUGUGCCCGGCCUGCGCGCCCCGGCCCGCGGGGACGAGCGGGGGGCCGAGCCGGGCGGCGCGGCCGUCAAGGGCAAGGUCAUCGACUACGGGCACGCCAGCAAGUACGGCUACACCGAGGACCCGCUGGAGGUGUGCCCCUACGGCCCCAAGGGGCUCCCGGAGCCGCCCCUGGAGCCCUGCGUGUACAACGCCGAGGGCGCGGACGGCCGGGAGGACGUGCCGCGGGAGCAGAGCGUGCCGGUGCCCGUCCCGCCGCCCGCCGUGCCCUGCAACCCCGUGUUCCCGGCCGACGACCUGAUGAAGCUGCCCGGCUUCCAGGGCGACUCCUCCGGCGCCCCGCCGUUCUUCCCGGCCGAGCCCCCGGCCAAGGUGUCGGGGCUGUGCCCGGCGCCCGCCGCGCUGCCCGUGGUGACGCCCGUGUCGCAGGCGCCGAUGCCGCCGGUGCCGCCGCCCAUGAUGCCGACCCUGCUGCCCACGCCGCUGGCGCAGCCCCUGCUGCCGCCCGUGAUGCCGCCGCUGGUGCAGCCGCCCGUGUCCCAGCACGUCGUGCCGCCCAUGACGCCGCCGCCCUUCGCCGCCGGGCUCCUGGCCGCCAUCAGCCAGCACAAGCAGAAGCAGCGCGACUCCGGCAGCAGCGGCUCCGGCGCCUCCGGAGGGGGCCACAAAGGCUUCCACUCCGAGGGGCCCAUCAAGUCCCCGUUCGGGGUGGUGAAGGCGUCCUGGCUGCCCGUGUUCUCCGACUCCCAGAAGAGCAAACGCCUGCCCACCCCGUCCAUGAUGAACGACUACUAUGCGACGUCGCCGCGAAUAUUCCCACAUUUGUGUUCUCUGUGUAACCUUGAAUGCACUGAGAUGAAGCGGGUUUCAGACAGCAAGAACACAAACCCUUGGCAGUGGAGGGAAACAUUAACGUCACCGGGGGGACUAAAAUCAUGUCACGGGGUGGGGAGACGUUCAUGUGCUCACCCUCCCUGCUCCAAACUCUGCCUUCAAACAAACCAGCCCAUUUAGAACCCGAAAUUUCAUCUUCCACAAGUGCUCUGUGUGAAUGUUCCAGAGGCUGGAAGCCUGGCUCGGGGGGGACACACAAAAUGCCUCCAUUCAUCCGGCCCGGCUUCCAGCUCUGAAGGGAGUCACAGUCCAGCCUUGAAGGGAGAAUAAAAGGGAAAACUGGUGGAUACUGGGAGAUAAAAAAACAUCCUGGAAGCUGUGGCUUUUCCUGGAAAGCCCAGCAUUUGAUAUAUCAAAAACAAGGGAGAGGGUAACGAAAAA